CACUCCCACCCCUCAAAAAAUUUCCAGCCGCCACAGCUUUUCCCUGCCUUUCUUCUUCACGGCAGCAACAACCAUCAGGGAGCCGUGCUCCUCCCAUGGCGCCUCCUCUCCUUCCCUUCCUCGAGCAAGCCAGCAGCAGGCGCCUCUCCCCUUCAGGCAUGGCAGCGGCUUCUUCUCCUCCCCUCUAUUCUCCUGGGCGUGUGCAGUAGCUCCAUGGCUGCCGAGCUCUUAUCCAUGGCGCGGCUCCCCUGUUCCCCUGCGUCUCCCUCCUCUCCGGCUUCCCUCGCGCAGCGGCAGCAAGCAUGGAGCUUGGCUCCUCUCCCCUGCGCCCUACCUUUUUCCAUAGAAAGCAGCAGGAGCUCCACCUCCCAUGGCGCCCUUUUUUUUCAGCCGUGCAGCUCCCUACUCCAUGCCGAUGCCCCUUCUCUUCCCCUGCUCGUUCUCCCUCGCGCAACAGCAGCCGGGUCUUCUUCCUCCCCUGCUGUCCACGGCGCGCAGCAAACAGGGAGCUCAGCUCCAUCUCCCCUCACGGCAGGACACAGCAGCAGCUCGCCCCGCCUCUCCUCGCAGACGCAGCCCUCUCCCAUGGCGCGCUGCAGCAGAUGCCGUGGAGCAUUCCCUCCAUGCAUUGCGACUCGGUUUCCUUCCUGCGUGUGUGCUGCUGCGCCUGCGCCAUUGAUGCUUGCUGGGUGCUCGACAAAAUGUGCAGCAGCCCCGACGGCUCCGCGCGCUGUCGGCUUGCUGUUUUAUUGCGCAGUGAGCAGCACGCCGUGAUGCCCGUCGGUGGUUUGCUGUUUUUGCGCAGCCCCGCCGCCGUCGUCGUUCGCCCCGGAGAGGAACCCCGUGUUUGGCGUGGAGAAGAAGGCAAGCCGCUCGUCGAUGUUUGUAGCGAUGCACAAAUCGGAAUCACCGUCAUUCUUGCAAACGUCGAUUGGGUUUGUUUAUGGACCGAGAGAUGAUGAUCGAGCCAGUGAUGUGGUGCCAACCACAAGACGCAGUUGGUAGACGACCCGAAGGAUGGACAUAACCAGUGGAUGCUCGCCAAGCGAGUACCUCCCCCCCAACAAACACUACUUAAGUGUUAAAUUAAAGGUACCUCCUUGCUUUGGUUGUUGGUGUGACUUGGCCUUCAUCCCUGCCACCGGGAUAGAUGGUCGAGUGGGUUAUUGCUUCCGCAGGAGAGGACCAGGUGGAGUAGCGUGGCCAGGCUUCGCCAUGUUACUCGGUUUUCUCCGUUAGUUAUUCCCGCUGCAUUAAAAUUUAUGGUUAUUAUUUCUGAAACUCCAAUAAUGUAAUCACUAAUGAUACUUAUCAAAUUUGUGGUAUUAUGUUUUAU